GACUUCGUCGCCAUUGUCAAGGAAAAGGUGCAGCCUGUCAGAAAGCGGCAGCUUCAUGCAGAGGUCUUGCCGGGAAGCCUCGACUUCAAGGAGUUUUUCCAGCAGUACGGGCAUUCGGUUGCAGGGCUGGGAGGCUACGAUGCCCAAGACGGCGAUUGCAUUCUGUUGGUCAAGCACUUGACCAACAGUGGAUCUUUGUCCCAGCCACCUCUGACCAUCCUUCCUGCCAGCUUCGCGAAGCGUUUGGAGAAGCCUUUGGAGGUUUUGCCGCGAAAUCUUCUUGCAGAGAGGGCGAGGAAAGAGUGGGAACGUUUCGCUCCUGGUCCUGUUCGCACUGUCACCGUGAAGCAGGCUGCCAAGGCGGCUGAGGCUCCGAAGCAGGCAGCUCGCAAGCGGAAGGCAGACGACAUCUUCAGCGGCGAAUCUGCCGGCCAGGGCAUUCUUGCCAUGCCCCCCGACACAGUCGCCGAGGUUCCGAUUGCAGCUGAACAGCCGGGGCCAGCAGAAGGCCCGAAGUGGCCCGAGCGGCCAACGUUCGCAGGCAGGCAGAAGAAAGGCAGCGAGACCCAGCAAGCCAAGUUCGAUGAAAUGAAGGCCAAGUUCUAUGGCAAUGUGCCCGAGGAGCUGUGGAAAGAUCCCUGUGAGCGACGGUUCUGGAAGGCCUACACGGAUGCUGAAGCCAAAGGCCCAGUCCAGGAUUCCAGCUUCUUCAGUGAGUUCGUGGAUGCGGAGAAAUCCAAGAGGCCCGCCAGGGCCGGCAACCGUGGCGGUCGAGGCAGAGGCCUUGGCCGUGGCAAGGCCGCGACCCGUCACUGA